GACUUGAGCCACCAGCCAACAGCAGCUGUUUCGUGGCACCGGACUGGACCGGACGGGAGCAAUCCAGAGUCACAUAGGCACAGAUUCCAAAACGAAAUACCGAAUACCAAAAACUACGGCGAUGGCCCAAAGUCGGUACCAACGCACACAGAUUCUGCUCGCCCUGGGCGUCGUGGUGGCCCUGAUGCAGUGCGUCGCCGCUGUGGAGUUCACCUUCGACCUGGCCGACAAUGCGGAGGACUGCUUCUACGAGGAAAUCAAAAAGAACUCGAGCGCCUACUUCGAGUUCCAGGUGUCCGCCGGCGGUCAGCUGGACGUGGACGUGACCCUGAAGGAUCCGCAGGGCAAGGUCAUCUACAGCCUGGACCGGGCUACGUUCGAUAGCCACCAGUUCACUGCAGAGAUAUCGGGCGUAUAUACGGCCUGCUUCGGCAACCAAUUCUCGGCCUUCUCGCACAAGAUCGUCUACGUGGACUUCCAGGUGGGCGAGGAACCGGCGCUCCCGGGCGUCGACGAGCAUGCCACCGUGCUCACCCAGAUGGAGACCUCGUCGCAGGCGAUCCACAAGGGCCUCAACGAGAUCCUCGAUGCCCAGACGCAUCACAGGCUGCGCGAGGCGCAGGGUCGCAAGCGGGCCGAGGAUCUCAAUCAGCGCGUGAUGGUGUGGUCGUCGCUGGAGACGGCCGCCGUCGUGCUCAUCGGUCUCGUCCAGAUUCUGGUGCUGCGCAACUUCUUUACGGACCGCAAACCCAGCCAGGCGCACUACGGCCGUCUGUAGAGGCCCGAGCAGAAGUCUGAGCAGCGAUGCGAAGGGAGGCAGGAGCAAGGAGAAGCAGUAGUUGGACUCGGAGCGCCGCAUCUCGUAUUUUAAUUAAUUUUUUUUCGCUAUUUGUUCAGAACGCCCUGCGUUGGCAUAUAGGAGAGCUCUCUCUCUCCGCUCCUAUAUGUGCAACGUAUUCAUUCCCACUCCCCCACGGGCAGUUUUUUUCUCUUUGGUGUAACCCGGCCCCGGUCCUACCUACCUACCUACCGACAUGUACUAUUUUUUGUUGAGACCCGGAAACAGAAUGAAUGUUUUUUUUUUACAUUAAAUACAUGCAAAAGCAACCAUAACUCGAUAGCUAAAGGUAAA